CAGAUAUAUCAAUGAAGGAGAUAAUAAGCCCUGUCUCCAGGAAAGAGAAGCCCAUCAGAAAAUGGCGAAGUCGUUCGUCCUCGGCCUGCUGCUGGUUUUGGUUGGUGUGGAAGCAGACGGCGGACUCUCCCCACACUACUACAAGGAGACCUGCCCCCUUGCGGAGCACAUCAUAAGGCAGAACGUGGAAGCGGUGGUGUAUCGAGAUCCGAGAUUGGCCGCGUCGCUGCUCCGCCUUCACUUCCACGACUGCUUCGUUCUGGGAUGCGAUGCAUCGGUGCUACUGGACGAUGCCGAUGGCAUAGUCAGCGAGAAGAAUGCUGUGCCGAACCUGAAUUCCCUCCGAGGAUUCGAGGUGAUAGACUCGAUAAAGGCCGUGUUGGAGGAGGCCUGCCCGCUAACAGUGUCGUGCGCUGAUAUCCUCGCCAUUGUUGCCAGAGAUGCAGUCCAUUUGCGAGGUGGUCCGACUUGGGAGGUGUAUUCGGGGAGGAAGGAUUCUCUCACAGCAAGCCUGAGCGAAGCCAACAAAAGAAUACCUGCGCCCAACUUCACACUCGACAUGCUCAUCUCCAACUUCCAUGAUCAGGGCCUGGACAUAGUAGACUUGGUCAGCCUCUCAGGCAGUCACACGAUUGGAAGAUCGAGGUGUGUAAGCUUCAAAGGCAGGCUGUACGGCCAAGAUCCGAUAGAGCCAUUCGAAGAACACGAUCUCUACCACAGGUACUCUGAGUUCUUCAGCAGCUUGCGGUCGGCGUGCCCACCAUCAGGAGGAGACGACACGCUCGUCCCUCUCGACCUGAAGACCCCGAGGCGAUUCGACAACCGGUAUUUCCACAACCUGGUGCGGGGGAACGCGCUGCUGCUGAGCGACGACGAGCUCAUCGCCGGGUACGAAGACGAUGGUGUGGCGAGCUUGGUGUGGGCGUAUGCGCGUGAUCAAGAGCUGUUCUUCCGCCAUUACAGGAGCUCCAUUGUGAAGAUGGGGAGCAUCAAUGUGCUCACGGGAGAGCAGGGAGAAGUCCGGCACCACUGUCGCUACGUGAAUGCUUACUACCACUGAGAAGUAGAACACAUCUGCAUCAAAGCAAAUAAUAUCAUAUUCUCUAUCGUCAUACAAAAUACAAAUAAUAUUAUGCCUACAA